GAUAGCAAAAUGUGCCAUAUAUAUUGCUGCGACCGAGUGUGACCUACGCUGACACUCUGCUCAGUCAGCUGCCGGCUGGUAUUUUUUAUUGUUAUCGGCGCGGUCACGCUGUCACACACGUUCCACGACCCACGACCAAUUUCUGAGUUUUACUACCUUUUGCGGUUGCAUUUUUUGCUGUCUGGCACCCGCUGGAUUUAGACUGAAUCAUCCAUCCGCCCGGCUGGAGACCCUACUAUGAGCGCCAGCGAGGAGUUCCAGGGCUGGCUCAACGAGCAGCUGCGCCAGCUGAACACAGACGAGGGGGUUUUUGGCUCCUACAUUGUGGGCAUCCUCGAUGGCGAGGAGUCGGAAGAGGAGAAGGCGGAGGCCCUCGAGGGAAUUCUCAGUGAAACCGGAUCUGCCAACAUUGAUGAGCUGGUGGCCACCAUAAUGCAGAAAUGGCUCCACAGCCAUCCAGGUAACGACGAGCCGCCCAAGAAGGGCCUGGACAUUGAUGUGAACGGCCAGCUGGCCAAGCUGCUGGCCGCACAGAAGCUGCAGCAACCCGCCGCCAAAGAGCGUGAAUACACCGAGGAGGAGCGCCGCAUCAAGCAGCAGAUUCUGGCGCAGUAUUCAGAGGUUUUACACCCCACUCAAAUCCGAAACGAAUCCGUGCCACAUGUAAAUGCUUGUGCCUUUCAGACUGCCGUUCCUGGGGAUGACGAUGAGCACUCGGAGCCGGAGAGCGAGGAUGACAGCGGCGCUGUGGCCCGCAACACAAACAAGUCCGAUGUCCAGGCCUUGGCCAAGGAGAAGCGGGAGCAGGCGCGCCAGGACAGUGCGGCCAAGAAGCUUAAGGACAAGGAGGAUCGCGAGAAGCAGAAGCAGCUGCGCGAGGAGAAGAAGGAGAAGCGCAAGACCGUCAAGGGAGAGCGCCGUCGGUAGCCCGCCCACAAUCCGAGCCUCGAAAUCAGCAGUAGCAGCAGCAUCAGCAGGGAGGUGGGGGUGUGGUGUGUAGUAGCCCCCGCUAGAUACUAUACAUAUAUCUGAUAUAUCUGUACAUUAUAUAUAUAUACACUAACCGACUUUUUGUGACUUUGUGUUUGCAAUUGAAACGCCAAAGUUUGG